AUGUCCCAGGAGCAGCAGGCGGGCGGAGCAUGGGGCGAGAGUGCUCGGGGGCGACGCCUGUCAACGCUACUGUCGGCCUCGGCCGUGGUGGCGGGCGGCUCUGGGCUGGUCGAGACGGUGGAGGGCCUCAGAGGUGGCGGUGGCGACCAGGCGGUGGCCGUCAAAGAGAACAAGUUGUUCAAGGCCUACGAGACCGGCGCGCGGUGGUUCACCAACCUGUUCCCCAUCUGGCUGUGUGUGUUCUCCGGCAUUGCACUCAAGGAUCCUUCGGUGUUUGCGUGGUUCACGACAGAGUACUUCACGGCAGCGUUGGCCGUUCUCAUGCUCUCCAUGGGCAUCACCCUGAGCCCGAAGGACUUCGUGAACGUGCUCAAGAGGCCUAACGCCGUGAUGGUGGGCUUCGUGUUCUGCUACAUCAUGAUGCCGGCGCUGGCGUACGCUCUCGGCAUCGGGGCGGGCCUCAGCCCCGCCCUGCUGGCGGGGCUUGUGCUUGUUGGGUGCAUCAACGGGGGGCAGGCUUCCAACCUUUGCACCUUCAUCGCUAACGGAAACGUGGCCCUGUCGGUGAUGAUGACGACCAUCACCACGCUGGGAGCGAUCGUCAUGACCCCGCUGCUGUGCAAGCUGCUGCUGGGCACGGUGGUCCCGGUCGACGCAGUCGGCAUCGCCUUCUCCACCGUUCAGGUUGUGCUGGCGCCCAUCGUUGUCGGUAUGAUGACCAACAAGUUUUUCCCCAGUGUGGUCAAGGCCGUGCUCCCGGUGACCCCCGUUGUGGGCGUGCUGUCUACGUGCUUCCUCGUGGCCUCGGCCGUCGCACAGGUGGCUCCAACGAUCAUCUCGGCGGGCUUAGCCCUCCAGAUCCCUAUCAUCCUCCUUCAUCUCCUUGGCGGGCUCAUUGGAUACUUCUUGCCGAAGGCGAUGGGUUUCUCGGAGGUGUCCUCCCGGACGAUGGCCAUCGAGACCUCCAUGAAGUCUUCCGCCUUCGGAUUCCUCCUUGCCAAGCUGCACUUCGGGUCCUUCGAGGCGAGGGUUCCCGCGGCCAUCUCGGUGGUCUGGAUGGCGAUCACAGGGUCCAUGAUGGCCAUCAUCUGGCGGUACAUCCCGGUCGAGACGCCCAAGUUCGACCGCGGCGUCAAGGGCCGCUUCGAGAAAAUCAACUUCUUGAGCGUCAUGCGGCGUAAGUUCGGCAAGGACGCGGAGGGCACGGCCAAGGGCGCGUGAGGCCGGCCGAUGAUCCAACCACCCAAUGGACACGGUUGGAAUAAGCGUUUACAAAGUUGGAAGGGGGGGGGGGGGGGGAGGGGUAUCUCCGAGGGGUUCACUCUGAGGGGCAGGAGGGUUUGUUCCGUGUGGGAAAUCCGUGUCGCAUGCCUGGUAACCCUUUUAAGACCAGGGUACUGUACUGACACAGUCAUCGACAUAACAGGGACGGUGUGAUCAUUUGUUUCAGGUUACGGCCGUGGCGCCCCGUAGGGUGUGUGUGCCCAAGGAUGAUCCCGUUGGGAAAGGGGACAAAGACGGGAGGGAUAACUUUUGUUUGGCGUGCGAUUGGCACGCGGUCGCCGCAAAGGUGUAAAUUAUUGUCUGUCAAUCACAUCCAAAGCCGCGUUUGUUCUCGAUGUUGCUUGCGUUAUAAUAAUCGGUGGAUUAGUUGGCGCGAUUAACACGUCUGUCUGGCGGGCGUGUUGAAACGCAGGCAGCAGGACCAAGGCCGUCAGUAGGACCAAGGCCGUCACGUUCCCAGAAUCUAGAAAAUUCAUGCGCAUGUUUAAGCAGUUAAGGUACAUGACCACAUUGGUAUCUAGCAAACGCCCCCCCGGUAAUAUUGCGGAUGGACGCGGACGAACGCUGGUGUGUCUGUGGUUUUCUGCUCUGCUGACAACGUGUACCAGCUAGCACUUGAGCCUUGUGUGGGAGGCCGCGAAACGUGUGUGGCCUUCUUCUCCCUUGGGGAAAAGGGCGAUUUUCCCUUUCGUAGAAGCUUUUUUCAGGGCGGAGAAGAGAGUGUGUGGGCUGGUUGUGUCUCGUUGCACACAACACCUAGCCUGCCAUGCUUGGAGCGCGUUUUCGUUUCCCCACCUAGGCAAGAAACGUGUCCCCUUUGGCCAUUUGUUCGAGGUGGUGGUCACGGAAGCUGGACGAGUGAGAGAAGCUUUUAUACGAGGACGCGGAAUUGUGUGCUCCCCUCUAUGUGUGGUGCAUGGCGUGGAACACGGUGUCACGCGGGGUUCUUCUAUUAGUCCACAUGAGAACGCACGGCACGGUACAAGCAGUGUUUUAUUUUUGGGC